GGUAGAAUGAGAGAGGGGGAGCGAGAGAGAGAGAAAGAGAGGGAGAGAGUGGAUUAGUUAAUGCACAAAAACACUGCAUCAAACCAAUGCACUGCUCCGAGCGGGAUGCGUCAGCAGUACAUUCACGUUCCCCACUCAAGGACAAAAGAGAAAGAGAGAGAGCAACAGAGUGAACAAGCGAAUGAAAGAGAGAGAGCAUGCAAGUGAGAGAGUGAGUAAACGAGAGAGAGAAGCAGCCUUGCACCACACUGGCGCCAGAAAAACGUGCCGGAAUAACCUGAGCAGCAGGAUUAACACCGGGGCUGCAGGGGUUAAAAUCAUGUUGCCGUGGGGACACGCUGCCGUUUUCUCCAGUUCACCUGGGCAGCGCUUUAUUCUCCCCUAAGCCAGGGAGCCAGAGAGAGAAACAAGAAAGAAAGCGAGAGACAGAGAAAGAGAGGACAGUGGAAGCUAACACGGUUGAGAGGCUUCGCGCUGGCACACACAAAGGACUGAGUGCUUUCAGCUUGGCCACUACCUCAGGACACUGCAGGGGCUGAGAAGAGCGAGAGAAAAGGAGAGAGACACAUCCCCGCUCAUCUGCUGCUACAGCGGAUCUGUUGUCCUCAUCCACGCUGCUGUAACAUUCACCCCUGUGCCCCGCUCAGCUCUCUCGCUUCACUCUCCUAUUCUGCCGCGCGGUGAAGAAAAAAAGGGGUUGAAAACAGGAGCGAAAAAGAGAUACGGAGGGAGAUAACGCUUUUUAGCCUCUUUUUGCUGUGCUGAUAUUGCUGCUGAAUCUACUCUACCCCCCCCUCGCUACCUCUCUCAACCCUGCUACAAACCCCCACCCACCCUCGGAAGAAAUUGACGGAUUAUUGGGAAGUGCGCGGGAGGCAGGCUGCAGCUGCUGUGUGUGUGUGUGUGUGUGUGUGUGUGUGUGUGAGCGCCGCUGCUGGCGAGCCGUGUUUGCGUGCUGCUGUGCUGGAGCGCAGAGCCAGUUAAGAGGAGAAAUAAGCUAAUGACCGCAGUGUGUCGUGUAGCCUUUUCAACCCUGCCGAGCGCUACAGAAAUCAAGUGGACACGACGCAACACACCGAGAGAGAGAGAGAGGGUGGACUGACUGACUGACCACCAAAAAAUAGAAAGAGCCAAGGAAAGGAAAGGGGGGGUCCUGUUUCCCCCCCUCACCUCACCUCAAACAAAAGGGGAAGAACAUUUGAAAGGACUGUGGAAUUUUUCUUCUUCCUCCUUAACCCCCCACUACCCUGAAACCCCCACCCCCCCACCCAUUUUUCUUCUCUGCCUUGGGUUUUCAGAGUGCGGAGUGUGUGUGUCGGUGAGCACGCGUUUGUGCUAUGGAGACUUGGAGAAGGCGUUCGGCGGAGGCAUCGAGCGGCGGAUUCCAAGGACAAGCGGGAGAAGAGCAGCUGAGGGGGAGCGAGUGUGUACUGCUUUAGGAGCCUGACUGGAUUCCUACCCAUCUAAAACACAAGCUCCGGAUGGGCCUUCACAUCUUUUCCUUCUUCGGAUGAUGUUCGCUUGUGUGGAAUUAUAAAAAGGGGCCAUUUUGGCAAAGAAUCUUCACUUCAUUUGCUUCUGACAGAGCAGAAAGAAGUGUCUUUAUUUUUCUGCUCCUUGGAUAUAUACCUGAUUUAAACACUCUGUUUGUGAUUGACAAAAAAAGAGAAAACAAUCUCGUAAGGACCUGUAAAUAAAAGCUUGAGGUAGGUGUCUAGCGUUUCCAACCCUAUUUCAAUCAUCUCCAUCUCCUAUUCUAUUAUUUUUCUCUUUCUCAAAAACAUUUAAGAGCAGUCGUCCUCCCCCCUCCAGUAGUGUCCAUGGAAAAGAGAGCCAGAGUCUUGCUUAAUCCAGGGUAGGGCAAGCCCUCUCCUGGUUACUCAACAACCAACCCCCCUCCCUCCCCUCUUUAUACCCCAACCCCCUCCCACUUUCGACCACCAACCCAAUCAGCCAACCAACCAACCCCCAACCCCCCCCCACCUCCGGCCCUCUCCCCCCGGACGAUGCUGAAUUAUGAGCGUGCCACAUCAUGAGUCUCCUGGGGCGGGUAGCUGUGCGUCGAGCCACCCUGCUCUGUGUUGUGUUCCUGAUGGCGCGAGCGUGGAGCAGCGCCUCUCUGGCUAUGGCGGGGGCGGCAGUGCCAGGGCCUCAGGGAUGCCCACCGCAGUGCUCGUGUAGUAGCCAGCUGAGCAAGGUGGUGUGCACUCGGCGCGGCCUCACUCGCGUGCCCCCGGGCAUCCCCACCAACACGCGCCACCUCAACCUGAUGGAGAACGCCAUUGGAGAGGUGCAGGCCGACACCUUCCGACACCUGCACCACCUUGAGGUUCUGCAGCUGGGCCGCAACGCUAUCCGGCAGAUCGAGGUUGGCGCCUUCAAUGGCCUCACCAGCCUAAACACGCUGGAGCUAUUUGACAACCGGCUAACUGGGGUGCCCAGUGGUGCCUUUGAGUACCUGUCCAAGCUAAGGGAAUUAUGGCUGAGGAAUAACCCCAUCGAGAGCAUCCCUUCGUAUGCCUUCAACCGAGUGCCCUCGCUCAUGCGUUUGGACUUGGGCGAGCUGCGCAAGCUGGAUUUCAUCUCCGAUGGCGCCUUCGAGGGCCUGCACAACCUCAAGUACCUCAACCUGGGCAUGUGCAACAUCCGGGGGGAGAUGCCCAAUCUGAGCCCACUGCUGGGCCUGGAGGAGCUGGAGAUCUCGGAGAACCUCUUCUCCGAAAUCAAGCCAGGCUCCUUCCGGGGCCUCCGCUCACUCAAGAAGCUGUGGGUGAUGAAUUCGCAGAUUGGGGUGAUCGAGCGCAACGCCUUUGAUGACCUGAGCUCACUGGUGGAGCUCAACCUAGCCCACAACAACCUGAGCGCCCUGCCACACGACCUGUUCUCCCCCCUCAGGUACCUGGUGGAGCUGCACCUCCACCACAACCCCUGGAACUGUGGCUGUGAAGCCCUGUGGCUGGCGCGCUGGCUGCGAGAGUACAUCCCUACCAAUUCUACCUGCUGCGGCCGAUGCCACGCGCCGGCCCACAUGCGGGGCCGCCAGCUGGUGGAGGUGGACCGGGGUGAGACCGGCGUGCUCCAGUGCUCUGCCCCUUUCAUAGGCGAUGCGCCAAGAGACUUGAACAUUUCGGCAGAGCGCGUAGCGGAGCUCCGUUGCCGGACUGCGCCAAUGUCCUCGGUCCGGUGGCUGCUGCCCAAUGGGACUGUCCUGACGCACGCCUCGGCCCACCAGCGGAUCGCCGUGCUCAAUGACGGCACACUCAACUUCUCCAACGUCCUGGCGGCUGACACAGGCACCUACACCUGCAUGGUGUCCAACGCGGCCGGCAACUCAAACGCCUCGGCCUACCUCAACGUGAGCGCGGCUGAACUCAACACGUCCAACCUCAGCUACUUCACCACGGUGACCGUGGAAGUGCCGGGACCCACCACGGAGAUGCCCAAGCCCAAGACCACAACGAGCGCCCCUAACACUGGUAGGGGGGCAGGAGGAGAAGCAGGAGGUGGUACGGGGGGCGCUGGCACCACCACCACCGCCUCGCCCUCCCUCUUUCAGCCCGUCUUCAUCUCUACUCCCACCGUUCUGCUCCAGAACACAGAGGGCCAGCCAGGCGCCCGACCGUCCGCCGUUCCUGCCUCCAAGUCCGCCACGGUCAAGCCACCCGACACAGUCCCCAGCCUGGACGAGAUGAUGAAAACCACCAAGAUCAUCAUCGGCUGCUUCGUAGCCGUCACGCUGCUGGCCGCCGUCAUGCUCAUCGCCUUCUACAAGCUGAGGAAGCGCCACCAGCAGCGUAGCACGGUGGCAGCCGCCCGUACGGUGGAAAUCAUCCAGGUGGACGAGGAGGACCUGCCGCCACCAGCUUCUGCUGCCAACGAGAUCCGAGACCACACUCUGCCCGAGAUACGAGACCACAACAGCAUCCAAAAACUGGAUUAUAUCAGCCACAAAACAGACUAUGGCUUCCCCAAACCCAAAGCAGACUACAAGGGGGACUACACAAUCCACAAGCCCAAACCAGACUACAUUAUACACAAGCCAAAGGCUGAGUACACCACCUAUAAUCCAACCGUGGACUACACUACCCACAAAUCUACUGUGGAAUAUAGCGCCCACAAAUCUACACCAGAUUUUAGCCUUCAUAGACCAAAGGCUGACUAUAGCCCAUUCAGACCUGAAUAUAGCACUCACAAGCAGCCUAAAGCGGACUAUAGCCCCUUCAAACCUGAUUACAGUACUCACCCGAGAACACCUAAAGCAGAUUAUAGCCCCUUCAAACCGGAUUAUAGCAGUAGCACUCACCCGAGAACACCUAAAGCAGAUUAUAGCCCCUUCAAAUCGGAUUAUGGCACUCAUCCAAAACCCAAACCGGACUAUAGCCCAUUCAAACCUGACUACAGCACUCACCCACGACCUAAACCAGACUACAGCCCUUACAAACCUGACUACAGCACUCAGUCCAAAUCCAAACCGGAGUACAUUACACACAAAUCCAAACCCGACAACAGUCAAUACAAACCCAAAUCAGAAUACACCCCCAAGGCCGUGCCGGACUACAUCGUCUUCAAAUCAGACUACAACAGCCCCCACAAACAGGAUUAUGGCAACCAGAAACCCAAAAUGGAUUCCAGUCCCCACAAAGCAGACCAUCACAAGGUGGACUAUCGCACCCUCAAGCCCAAAUACAACACGUACAAGCCAGCAGGACACGGGGCUAAAUGGACAGAGAACAACAUUGGGAACUCUCUCCCUCGAACCUUGCCCAGCGCCAUCACAAACCUUCCUGAGCCCUUUGUCAUAAAAACUCACACCAAGGAGAAGGUUCAGGAGACUCAGAUUUAAAGCCCCCCCACACAACCCCCCUCCCCGGCCACGUCCCAAUCCCCAUAGCCCCCCCUCUCUUCUCAUAACUACAUGCAAUAGAAUGCACAACGGGAAAAAAAGGACAGGAACUUUCUUUUUUGUACAGAGUGCAAAACUUAAAAAGACUGAUAAUUUCUUGUUGUAAAUGCUUAUAAAUAAAUCUAUAUAUGAAACUAUUGAAACUACCAUGGGCUGGUGAUAGAGAAGCAUAUUAUAUUAAAAAUAAAUACAUUGAAACUAUUUUCUAACUUGUAACUUCUAUUUAAAAAGACGAGUUGUUUAACAUACUAUCUUGACUUUGAGAAAUGAGGGUAGACUUGUUUUAAAAAAGAGGCAUUCUGUGUGAUUUUUUUUAAACCAAUGCUACAGAGAAUGCAGUGAAAAGAGAAAAAACAUUUAUACUGAGAAGACUUUCUUUAAGAAAAAAAACAUUCAAAAAGAGGUCAGUGUUUGAUCUUUACAGGUUUAUCUUGUAAAAGCACCAUGAAUUUGUACUGUGCCAAAUGUUACAAAUGCAAUAAAAAUGAUUUUUGGA